AUGCAUCAACUUAAUAUUUCCAUAAAUAACAAUGUACAUUCGAUUAUUUGUUUUUUUAAACAUCCUACUUUCAAAUUGGGUCCGGUUGGUGUGGCCCAACAAUGGUAUGAUGAGUUAGUUGAACUUGCGUCUUUAACACAAAAACAAGAUGGAAGCGUAUUCAUUGAUUGUGCUGUCAAUACUAGCCCAGGAACAAGUGAGUGCUUUGGAAUCUUCUUAACCCGAUCAGUUCUCCUCUGUUGACCAUGGAGUAAGCAAGAUGUCUCUUCUGUUAAAGGUGUUAGCAGUGACUGUGAGAUUCAUUCAAAAGGAUGCAGAGGAGAAAAAACAUCAUUCGGCCCCAGACAGUAUUUCAAGUUAUUCAUUGAUUUGCUACUUGACCUUAGUACCCUUG